AUGCGCCAACUCACAGCAGUCAGUCCCAGGCUGCUCUCGCAUCUCAUAAGAGAGCAUGCCGGCGUCGGCGCCCGGAUCUCCGCGCCGCAAUGCGCCGCCCAGCUCCUGCGACCCCGGAGCCACAGCAUCGUCUUUCGCCUGUACUCCAGCAAACCGCCCUCGCAGCCCGCCAAGGUUGCCGACGCCGUCUCCAAGCGGCAAGCCGGCGCGGCAGCAAAGGCACAAGCCAAGGCGGCUCCUGAAAUCCCAGAGCGGCUGCUCAUCUACCACGCCGGCACCGGCCGGACCACGUUUCUGGCCAUGCUCAAGGUCACCACGCUCUUCAUCGGCGCCUUCUUCUGCUGCAUCGCCGUGCCCGGCUACAUCCAAGCCGACAAGCCCAUCGAGGAGACUGCCAAAAUUGCUCUAUGCGGCGUCGUGCCCUUUGUGUUCGUCACGUACACCACCGCGCCCUUUGUCACGCACAUGCACAUGCACCUCCCCGCGGCCGCGCGCACCUCGCGCGCCGCGCUCGAGCGCUUCGUCCGCACCGCGCUGCCCCCGAGCACGCCCGUCACCGUCACCACCAUGAGCGUCAUCGGCAAGCCGCGCUACAGCACCCUCCGGGCGGGCGACUUUGUGCCUGCGCGCCGACGCGGAGGGCUGGUCAACUACACGAGGGACACGGCCAAGGAGAAUGCGAGCCGCAGGUGGUACGAGCUGCGUGCGGUGAGCAACUUUCACGUGCCGGACGUGGCCAAGGUGAGUAAGGUGAAAAGGGGGAAUAGGAAUCUGGUGGAGCCGUGGAUUUGGGAUGUUGUCAAGGAAAAGAUUGCAAAGAGGAAUUCGCCGCCGCCGCCAGGCAGUGCGUCGUCGUAA